GUACGAUAGGCAGAGAGAGAGGGAGAGAGCUGAUUUGGCGCCAGGUCCGUGAUUUUAGCCUCAUAACUCUCCUUUCGGAAAACAUUAAAGUGCAUUAAGGAACAUAAACCUUGUGGAACAGGCUCUUUGGAUGGGUAUUUCCACGCGGGAAUUAUCGAAGAUAGAAAUAAUUUCUUCAUAUCGUCGAGCGCACGCGUGUGAUUUGAAAUGUCUCGGCUAUGUCUAUUAAUAUGCUAUGCUGUCUACCUACCAACCAUCACGGCGGGCGUAUCUUUCUCCGUCCUUGCCAGCAAUGCCACAGUGUUGCUAGGAGACUCAGUCACUCUCCCUUGCUGGCUGUCCCCCGACACUGAUGCGGAGGGCAUGGAGGUGCGCUGGUACCGACACUAUGACAGCUUCAAUAGCCCCGUGCUGCUGUACAACGCCCACCAGCUCCAGACCGCGACCCAGAUGGCGCGCUACCAGAACCGCACCAGCCUCGCCACCCGCGACCCGGCGUCUGGUGGACUCAAGAAGGGAGAUGUGUCCAUAAGGAUCGAGCGGGCUGAGCUGUUAGAUGGUGGGCUGUAUGUCUGCCACGUCAGUAGCAGCGAGGGAUAUGACCGCCAGCACAUGUUUCUGAGUGUAGAGGAGGUCGGGGCCCCUCCCGUCAUGUCCCUGUCCAGGACCGCAGACGACCGCACCAACGUGAGCUGUAUCUCCUCAGGCUGGUACCCGGGGCCCCAGCUGCAGUGGUCCCUGGGGGCCCAAGGAGCCCCCCUUCAGCCUGGGGGCCUCUGCCAGACCGAGGGCCGCGGUGGCCUGUUCACGGUGGAGAGCUGGGUGCUGCAACCCUCUACAGAGUCACAGUGGGUGUCGUGCUCGGUGCGUCUGGCCAGCCGCAAGGAGAGCGCGAAGGAGGGCAGGGUACACGUGCAGAUCAGCUCCUUAACCCCAGGUAGUUCAUCGUGGCUGGUAGCAUUCAUCAUCGCUCUGGUGGCAGUUAUUGCUCUGGCUGCUGCUUUAUUCUGGAUCAUCAAGAAGAACAGAGCAAAAGAUCCCCCACUUGGAACUCAAGAGGAGGGGACUCCCAUGCUGGACAAAAGUGUGCCCAAAAACAUGGAAGUCACAUGUUGGGAGGCUCCUGGGUUGGCAUACAGCAAGGAUAUGAAAAACCAUGCAGAGGACAUCUUUGUGGACAAGGACACUGCUCCAUCUUGUCUAAAAGUUGCUAAAGCUGGGAAACUUAUUCGUGGUGUGGAGGAAGAGACAUCAACUUUGUUGGACCUGUGCGUCACAGGAGAUAAAUGCUUCUCUGAAGGACAACACUACUGGGAGGUGAGAUUAAAAAAGAAAGAAACUCCAGUGAAGAUGUCCUGGUGGGUUGGAGUAGCAACAGAAUCAGCAAUGGAAACCAUGAGACAGCAGAAGUCAAUACCAACUGCGGGACUCUGGAGUCUCUGUUCAGAUACAGAUUCUGGAAUGCACAUCAUGACAAUGGGACACAUAUCAGUGGGAUCUACACCAGAGAUACUCGGCAUUUUCCUUGAUUACAACAAUGGCCGUCUAUCGUUCUAUGAUACAAAUAAGGAGCAACACCUUGUUACAAUGAAAUGUAGCUUUGAGGGAAAGGUGUAUCCAAUUUUCAAUCCUGGAAUAGGUGAUGUAGCACCACUUGAGAUUUUGUGCCCUUCUAAAUCUAAUGACAACGACAGUGGUCUGAAAACGUAGUUGUCAGUAUUCCCAGUUAAAUCUAGCUGUUGCAUGUCAUCAUAAUAAGCUCAAUGUUUAGCCUGACUCUCGUCAGACCUGUGUAGUUUUACACAGAGUUUGCUUCACUCACUAGGUCUGGGAGAGCGCACGUUUGAUUCAUUUUCAGAAGGCAUGGGUAUCUACCACCAACCUGUCCUUACCAGCAACAAAUUCCCUCAAAUCCGUUUUCUUUUUUAUAUUUAAAGCAUCAGCAUGUGGUACAGUUAACAAUACAGUUGCCCCGUAACUCUUCAAUGUGAGCCGCUUUUGUUAUUGAAACAAUCACUUCAACCGAGAGACCGGGUUUUUUCCCCAAUAUCCUGACUCCUGUCCUCCACCUUUGCAUGUGGCCUUGCGCUUCACGUGACGCCCCACCUCUGUAGAGAGAACAAAAAAGUUUCCCCGCCGUCAACCUAGCCACAUCAAGUUUGAAGGGAAUUUUCCAUAUUCACCAUCCCGAUUGCACAUGAGAAUAUUACCUUUCAAUUGCGCUUUUGAAAGAUAUCGAAUUACACUUCUGUCUACUUCUUGUGACAUCAUAACGAGGCCACAAGCACUUGAGGACCGGAGUUAGGAUAUUGGAAAAAGCCCAUUCACAAAGGACCAGACCUGUUGUUUGUGUAGCUCAUGGAGCGACCCCUGGUGGAGGUAUAUGAAACUACACAGGUCUGGCGAGAGCCAGGCUACAAUAUUGGCAUUUUCAUUUAGAAUUUACAGACAGACACACACACACACUAUAGUAUUUUUUUAAAGGGAAUACAUAUGCCUGAAUACAUAUGCAAGGGUAUGCCUGAGUGUGCACACACAUGUACUAUGUGUAAAAAUAUCAAUCAUGAAUAGAAUCAGGGACGGAUUACUGCACGGGCCUACCAGGCCAACGCUCAAGGGUCCAUGAGCCAAGGGGGCACUGAAGCUGAAGCUUUUAAUGUGUGUCCAUUUCUCAUGGUCCGUUAAAAUUGCACAUGUAACAACUCAAUUUUCACAUUUCCUUAGGGGACAUCCCCCUAAAACGCCAACAUCAUUGACUCGCACAUCUGGCCAGACACCCUGAACCAGUUUGUAAACUAGAAACAUCCAUGGAGGAGGAUCUUUCUUGUUGUAUGCCCCAGGGGUCCAUGGAAUCAUAAUCCAUCCCUGAAUCGAAUGCUUGGAGUAAUUAUCAGUUGUGAAUAUAAAAUCAACUUACUCUUAUCAGCUAACACAGGGGUAGGGAACGUAUGUCUUGACGGCCCUUGAGGCUGUCUUUUCCAGCCCCCGACAUAAUUUUAAUGUUUUGCAGUGCAUGAAAUGUGUUUUGAAAAGAAAUGUUAGAAAUAGCAGUUGCAACAAAAUGAAAUAUUUUCAGGGGACCUAGUGAAGGUGGCCGCCUUCAAUAUAUGCCUGAAGUGCAGGGAGUAGCCCUGGUUUGUGUUCAUAGUACGGCCCUUUAUAAAAGUUGAAGGGGCCUCUCCAAUGAAAAAGUUUUCCCACUCCUGAGCCAACAUAACGUGUGACCAGCUGUGGCCUAAUGUUGUUAAUAGUAAAUUGAAUAGGUAGUCUCCAGCAUCUUCAUCCAUGACUGAAGUGCCUCUGAAGGAAUCUCUGCAGCUAAAAUAAUUACUGUAAGUUGCUAGACUAUAAAUAAAUGCAAUGAAAAAAAGUGUAUAAUGAUGACUAAAAAAAAAAUGCUUGGGUUCUUUGUAACUUAAAUUUUACUACCAAGCUUACUUUGACUGAAAUGAAGACAAUUGGUUUCCUCAAACAGCUGUGUUGAACAGUUGAAGUUCUCACGGCUGGUCUGGGACAAAAACAGACAAAAAACCCAUCAAAUUUUUGGUUUAAACUGGCCCCCCACACAAGUCAUUUUUAUGCCAUAUUCUACUCCAAUCCCUAAGAAAAAAAAAAAGAAAUAAACAAAAACACUAUUGCGGACUAUUGGCCUACAGGGAAAAUGUAAACUAUGUCAGAUCACUAGUCCAGCCCUAGAAGUUAUCGGACUAUUUUAAAUCAAUAUUUUUACUAACCUUAAAUGAUUCAAGUUGGUCUAUUUCCUCUUUUUUCAUUUCAACGAACGUCAGGUUCAAAAGAUUGAGCAGCUUAAAAAAACUCAUCUGCUACAAACAACAGAUGAGAUGCUGAGGGAGAGCACUGACAAACAACCCCAACUACAGUAACCAAGAGUUGUUAGGCCUGCUUUGGAUUAAUCAUUUUUGGGGGUCAGAAUCAGGACAAGUUGUAGCCUACAGUUAGCAACAAAUGUACUUACUGGAAUUAAGUGCGUAGUUAUAUAUAGGCCCUACAGUAGAUACUUGUGUGUAGUUCAUGUUGAUUUGUUGUUUUUCCAUCACGUCCACGGCAGCUACUAUGAUCCACAAAUUUUUCAUCUAGAAACCUGCUCGUAUGGUCAAUGAGCAUGUAAUCUUGUGUGUCUAGUGUGUUAAUUAUAUUAUUCUUGUACCUUCAUUUAUGUAUGGUUUGUAGUGAUUUGAACUCUAGUGAUUGUGAUGUAUAAUUGGCCUUAGAGACACAACUUGCAAAUUAUAAUUUAGUGUAGUGAGACGUUUUUAAAGAUUGCCUUAGUCUUGCAAUAGAAACUUGAUCAGACAAACUACCAUCUAAUAGGUUGGCAAUCAUGUUUGCUUUUGGUGUUGGCUAAAUUAAAUACGGUAAUCAAACUGCCAUAGACACUCAAUGGUGCAUAAAUGUAAUAGAGCAUGAGACACCAUUCAGCCAUAUUCCAAUAAUUGUCUUGGUUUUUUUGUACAUGACCUGUGUGUAUUAAAACUGAGAUAAA